AACCUCUGCCUUUCUCCCAUCAUGUUUGGGCAUGCAUGCACCCUUACAUAAGAAAGUUCCAGUAAUGAGACUCCAAACAGGAUCAACCAAGAGUGAGGGUUUAUGUUUGGACUUGAAUUAUACAGAAUGUUCAAUGAACAGUAACAAUAACAACAGCAGUAAGAAGUGUCUUCAAGUUUGGGAUUAGAUGAGUACAAGGCAGCACUACAGGUGAUCAGACUGUCAGCAUUACUGUCAGACACACACAGAACCAGAUGGAGCACAGAGAGGAGGCUGAUGGUGAAACCAGACUUUUAUAAAGGUCUUCAUGGAGUGACUCUAUCAGAUAGUUACAACGAUUAAGAGACGGAAAGAAAAAGGAUAAAAGUGAAAAACAGGGAACAACUGAAUAGAUGAAUGGUGCACUGAGGAGACCAGGCCAUGGGGAGCAAUUGUUCUAAAUGUAGGAGAAGUGAGGAGCAGGAGGAGGAGGAGAGAGGAGAUGAAAGGGGACAAGGGGAGUUGAAAGAGAAGAGAAAAGAUAUGGAGCCUGGAGAACAUGAGGAGGAUGAAGGGGGCCUGAACAUUAAAAAGAAGAGAAAAGAGGGAGAGACAGACAAGAGAAGAAAACAGAAGGACACAGAAAUACAUCUGCAAAGAGACUCAAACCCCUGCUCCCCUGAUGACGGAGGGAUGGAGAUAGAAACAACAGCAGCUACUCAUCUAUUCUCCAACAGAGCUCAGGAUGGCAGCAUUGUCAUGUCUCCAGUGUUAAAGGACACAACUGUUGGAGGCAAUGUGACCCACAACAUUGGAGACAACAUAACCAGCCUUACCACCAACGUAACCAACAUUAAAUACGUGAAAAUUAUGAAAAUUGAGGAACCUCAGAAAAAAGAGGAUGCAUUCCCGAUCCCACAGACAAGCACUUCCCCACCAACGCAAGGCAUCUAUGAGGACAGAGGGAGAGAGACAAACAGGAGUGGUGAAGACAAGGCUGUUCUUAUAGUGAUCAACAAACUCAAAUCUAAACUAAAGAAGAAGUUUCAGAUUGUCUUUGAGGGCAUAACUCGGCACGGAAACAAAACCAUUCUCAAUAACAUCUACACAGAUCUCUACAUCACAGAGGGUGAGAGUGGAGAGAUCAAUAAAGAACACGAGGUGAGACAGAUUGAGACAGCAUCCAGGAAAUCAGCAAGAACAGAAACAGCCAUCACAUGCAACAACAUCUUUAAACCUUCAGCUGGACGAGACACACCUGUCCGAAUUGUUCUGACAAAAGGAGUUGCUGGAAUCGGAAAAACUGUCUCUGUGCAGAAGUUCAUCACAGACUGGGCUGAGGGACUAGCCAAUCAGGAAAUCCAGUUCAUCUUUCCUCUCCCGUUUCGAGAGCUGAAUUUGUUGGAUGGAGAAGAGUUUAGUCUGAUGGAACUUGUCCAUCACUUCUUCUCGGAAACCAGAAAAUCUAAAAUCUCCGACUAUGACGAUUACAAUGUUCUGUUUGUUUUUGACGGUCUGGAUGAGUGUCGACUGCCCUUAGCCUUCAAAAAGAACAAGAGCUGGUGUGAUGUCACAGAGUCAACCUCAGUGGAUGUGCUGCUGACCAACCUGAUCAGAGGAAACCUGCUUCCCUCUGCUCUCAUCUGGAUCACCACUCGACCUGCAGCAGCCAAUCAGAUCCCUUCAGAGUGUGUUGACCUGGUGACAGAGGUACGAGGGUUCAAUGACCCACAGAAGGAUGAGUACAUCAUGAAGAGAUGCAGUGAUGAGAAGCUGGCCAGGAGAAUCAUCUCACACAUCAAGACAUCAAGGACUCUCUACAUCAUGUGCCACAUUCCAGUCUUCUCUUGGAUUUCUGUUACAGUCCUUGAACACAUCCUGAGAACAAAGAAGAAAGAAAAGAUGCCCAAGACCCUGACUGAGAUGUACACAACCUUCCUGGUGUUGCAGACCAAACAAAAGAAGGUGAAGUAUCAUGGGAAAACUGAGACAGAUCCACAUUGGGAUGAAGAGAGCAUUAAGAGUAUUUUGUCACUGGGAAAACUGGCCUUCCACCAGCUGGACAAAGGAAACCUGAUUUUCUACGAGAAAGACCUGACUGAGUGUGGAAUUGAUGUCUGUGAUGCCUCAGUGUACUCAGGCGUGUUCACACAGAUCUUCAGACAGGAUGGUAAAGUCUUCCAGGAGAAGGUGUUCUGCUUUGUCCAUCUGAGCUUUCAGGAGUUUCUGGCUGCUAUGUUUGUGUUUCUCUCAUUCAUCAACAACAAUGAGAAUCUGAUGUCUCAGUCCACCUCAGACACAUCUGAAGUCCACCUCUACAAAAGUGCUGUGGACAAGGCCUUGCAGAGUAAGAAUGGACAGCUGGACCUUUUCCUCCGCUUCCUCCUAGGCCUCUCAAUGGAGUCUAAUCAGACCGAUUUACGAGGCCUACUGACUCAGAAAAGUAACAAGACAGAGAGCCAUGAGGAAACACUUAAGUACAUCAAGGAAAAGAUUAGAGAGGAUCCCUCUCCAGAGAGAUGCAUGAAUCUGUUCCACUGUCUGAAUGAACUAAAUGACCAUUCUCUGGUGGAGGAGAUCCAACAGUACCUGAGCUCAGGAAGUCUCUCCAGUGUGAAGAGUCUCUCAUCUACACAGUGGUCAGCUGUGUUCUUUGUGUUGCUGACUGCAGAAGAGAAGAUGGACGUGUUUGACCUGAAGAUAUACUCCAGAUCAGUGGAAGGUCUUCUGAGGCUGCUGCCAGUGGUCAAAGACUCCAAAACUGCUUUGCUAAAUGACUGUAACCUCUCAGAACGGUGCUGUGAAGCGCUGGCCUCAGCUCUCCCCUCCUCAGAUCUGACAGAGCUGGACUUGAAUUACAACAACCUGGGGGAUUCAGGCAUGAAGCUGCUCUCUGCUGGACUGGGGAAUCCACUCUGCAAACUGGAGACACUGAGGCUGUCAGGCUGUCACAUCACAGAGGAAGGCUGUGCUUCUCUGAGCUCAGUGCUGAAGUCAGCCUCCUUCCUGAGACAACUUGAGCUAAGUAACAAUGAUCUGAAGGAUGUUGGCAUGAAGCCGCUCUCUGCUGGACUGGGGAACCCACUCUGCAAACUGGAGACACUGAGGCUGUCAGGCUGUCACAUCACAGAGGAAGGCUGUGCUUCUCUGAGCUCAGUGCUGAAGUCAAUCUCCUUCCUGAGACAACUAGAUCUAAGUAACAAUGAUCUGAAGGAUGUCGGCAUGAAGCUGCUCUCUGCUGGACUGGGGAACCCACUCUGCAAACUGCAGACACUGAGGCUGUCAGGUUGUCUGGUCACAGAGGAAGGCUGUGCUUCUCUGGCCUCAGCUCUGAGGUCCAACCCCUUCCACCUGAGGGAACUGGACUUGAGCUACAAUCAUCCAGGAGAAAAAGGAUUGAAGCUGCUCUCUGCUGGACUGGAGGAUCCACACUGCAGACUGGAGAAACUCAAUGUGGAUCAUGGUGGAGAGUGCUGGAUCAAACCUGGCCUUAGGAAAUAUGCCUGUGAGCUCACACUGGACCCACACACAGCACACAGAAACCUCUCUCUGUCUGAGGAGAACAGAAAGGUGACAUGGAGGGAAGAGGAGCAGCCAUAUCCUGAUCACCCAAAGAGAUUUCACUACUGUCCGCAGGUGCUGUGUAGAGAGGGUCUGUCUGGGUGCUGUUACUGGGAGGCAGAGAGGACUGGAAGAUGGGUUUAUAUAGCAGUGACAUAUAAAGGAAUCAGCAGGAGAGGAGGGGAUGAUGACUGUGUGCUUGGAUACAAUAACAAAUCCUGGACUCUGUACUGGGAUGAUAACAGUUACUCUGCCAGGCACAAUAAGAAGAGAACUGUCAUACCUGUCUCCCCCUCCAGCUCCCACAGAGUAGGAGUGUAUCUGGACUGGCCGGCCGGCACUCUGUCCUUCUACACAGUCUCCUCUGACACACUGACCCACCUGCACACAUUCCACACCACAUUCACUGAGCCCCUCUAUCCUGGGUUCUGUGUUGAAGAUUCUGACUCCUCAGUUUCCCUUUGUCAGGUAGAAUAGCCCCCCCACACACACACACACACAAACUGUGCUCACAUAGAUGUUAUUGUGUAUGCUCAAGCCUUCGGCGAGCACAACCAUUGUUCUCUCUCAUAUAUAUUUUUUAUUUUUAUUUUCCCACCCUUAAGGGUGGGAAAAUUGGACUACAUAGACAAUGCCGGUGUCAAAAGAAUUGUCUUGGUCCCGAUUGCGUUGCUUGUAUUUUUAUUUACGUUCCGUUGCACAGUUUAGGAGGUUACAAUGUUUUUGUGGCAAAAAGUGCCUUAUGUCAUUGAAGGGUACUCGGUGCUAGCCUACGUCACAACGUCGACACAUGUUGGCAGUGACGCAUUAAAUACGACGUGCAUAGACGUGCUAGGUUGGAUAGACUGUUGCACAGUAAGUACUAUCGUAUCGUGCCGUGUACUAGCAGCAUCAUAAAUUUAAGCAAUUCAAGACUUGCAUGUACAGUAAGUAAUGUCACAUUAAAUAAUGUAU